AUGGCGGCCACCGCGACAAGCACGUCGGCGACGUCGGCGACAUCGACAAACACCUACAGCAGCGUCAUCAUCUCCAGCUUUCCCUUUAGACCGCUAACGACACAAUUUGUCCGGCCAACCUACUGCGAUGCUAUCUACAAUGGUAAUAUCUACAUGAUCGACCCGCAGGAGAACUGUCUACCCGAGAGCCAUUCGAAGCAGGAGACGGCUUAUUAUUCUCCGGGUUACGUCUGCCCGGAAGGGUACAUGACGGCCAGAGUCGAUAACAAGGGCGUUCACAGCAUUACGACGGUCACUUGCUGUCCAACCCGCAGCGACAUUAUCCUCUCGGCCCUCGACCCAGCCACUCUUUCCGGCCAAUGGGUCGAUCUGUUCUGCACUUGGAUCGCUCCAGAAGCCACGCGCAUCGACAUCGUCCACACUGCUGGUACGAGCACAUGGACGCAGCAGGAAUAUGUGACUUCCCCCGGAGGCGUCAACGCGUACGGCGUUCGUAUGGUUUAUCAGUCAACCGAUCUCGCUGCGACAGCGACAGCGACGGUCUCGGCGACGAGCACGGGGAACGUCACCGUGCCUCAAGAAACCAACGCGCCGGCAUUGUCUACGGGAGCAUCCAUCGCCAUCGCUGCUGUUGUGCCAGUAGUUGUUCUCGCGCUGAUUGGCGGGGCUCUCUUUUGGUGGUGGAGGAAACGACAGGCUUCGAAAUACAAUCGCGUAAACGAAGCCGGAAACCCCAGCGCGUCCGGUAUGCCUCCCGGAAACCAUCAACAAGGCCCAGUUCAUGAGGCACCCUCGAUGCAGCAGUAUCAGCAAGGUUACCAACAGCAUCAGCAUCAGCCGAUGCAGACAAUGCCCUCCACGCAAUCUUUCCCAUCCACGUAUCAGUCCUCGACAGUCGCGCCUUCCAGUCAACAGCAUUCACCCAGCGCUCCCUAUACUCAGCAGUACGGGCACAACGGAGCAUACACAAGUUUUGCCGGGUACAAGCCGCCCGGGGUAGCGGAGGAAACUCCGGCGAGCGCACAGGCGUUCACGUCGGAGUUGCCGGCCCCCGUGCCGACGGAAUUGGCUGAAGACCGACCAACUCACACGGCUUCGGGACAGCAUAUUGACGAACAAAAGAUGAUGGGCGUCGGCCCUCUCAAAUGA